CUUACAUUAUACGGUAUAAGCGGUCUUCGUUGGAAUGGAUUACACUGUUGCCCGAGCGGCUGCUCAAGCAGCAAGGAGGUUCAUAGGCGGUCCUUGUGCCGUGCUUCCUAUAGGGUUAUGCAGCGUAGGUGUACUUGCAAUAUACGGGAGGCACGUUUCAUCCUUGACUAGUGUUCAGCAAGCACCGUCAGGUGCAACUGCUCCGGCAUCAUCAACGCCGGCGCCACUGCCGUACCCUAGCCAGGAAUACAAGGAGCUUGUCAUCCAAGCAUUUGACAGCGUCAGCCGGUCGCCCGAUGCAAACGCGGAUCCACUGUCAGACCAGCUGGCGCGUCGCACCAUCGUGCAUGCACAGCUUGGUCGCGGCAGCCGCGUCAUCGACAUCGCUUCUGGCGUGGGACUGCUCCUUAUCCCCGCGGCCCGAGCGGUCGGUAACACCGGCUCUGUGCUAGGCCUUGACCUCUCGCCAGGAAUGGUAGAACAGGCUCGUCGCAACAUCCAAGCCUCCCGCCUGCGCAACGCCGAGGUACGGCAGGCGGAUGUGGAGACGCUGGAGCUGCCACGUGCCUCGUACGACGUGGCGCUCUGCUCGGCCUCCCUGCCGUACAUGUCGGAUCCGGGGCGGGCUCUGGAGCGGUGGCGCGGCUGGCUGCGGCCCAGCGGCCGCCUGGUGCUCAACUGCUUCCAAAGCCCCUUUGACCCGGAGGCGGCGCUGUUCUACCAGCUGGCCGCCCGUCACGGCCUGGGGGACAUGCUGAGGGACCCGCUGGCGUGUGUGGGGUCGCGAGGCAGGCUGCAGGAGCUGCUGGAGGGGGCGGGCUACCGGCGCGUGCAGGUGACGGAGGAGCGGGUGGACAUGUUGGCCCCCGCCGCCAGCGCGCGGGCCUACGCGGAGGCCAUGUGGGAGAGCUCCUGCUCCUCCCCUCACCAUGACAUCGCACGCCUGACCCGCUGCACAGCCAGCAGUACCGGCAAUGCCGGCAGCAGCAGCAGCAGCAGCAUUGCCGGGAGUGGUGGUGUAAAUCCCGCCGGUGCCGCCGCCGGCGGGGUAACAGCUCCCGUGUCGUCCACGUCAGCUGCGCCGGCGCAACGGAGCCAGCAACGCGGGUCAAGUGCAGCAGUAGCAGCCGCAGCGGCAGCACGAGCGGGUCGGCAGCAGGCGGCAGGUGGAAGAGGCGAGCCGCCACCGCUUGGGCUCCGUCCGAGGACCAGUCCAAACCUGAGCUCCUCCGUACAAUCGCCUGCAGCACGACAGGGGCAAGCAGCAGGAGCGGGGGCAGCAGCAGGUGGGACCGCUGGUCCCCCGGUGGAGUCAGCAGGGGGCAUCAGCAGCAGCAGCAAGAGAGCGGUGGACCCGGAGGCUCUGGCGGCGUUCCGCGAGGCUUUCCUGGCGGCGGCUGAGCGGAGUGUGCAAGGUCGUCUGCGCAGUGGCGCAGUACGGACGAGCGUUACCGUACUGUACGGAGUUGCCCAUGCCAUUUAGGGCAUGUUGUGCUAGGGAGUACAUGUGCAAAGAGGAAGAUGUGAGGGGCAGG